AUGACACCUACCACGCCGGCGCCGUGUGGCGCCGAUGACAGAGCUGUAGCCAGUAGCCGUCGUGAAUCGUCGAGCGGUGGGCCGGCUCCUCCUGUGGUGACGAUGACGACGAUGAGGAUUAUGGUGUGGAUGCUCCGCGGGGACCGGGUGGCGCUGGACGUCGACGGUGCUGCCACCAUGGCGCAGCUCAAGGACAUGGUCAUGGCCCAUGAGGGCGUCGCCGUAGGUGCCUAG